AGGUACCAUGGACUCCUGGGUCUUCCCGUCGUCCCCUCCGAACCUGUCGGAGCACCUCAUGUACGACGGCUUCGCGCAGGCCAACGAGUCCGGCGUCCAGGGGAACUACACGGACCACUUCUUCAACAGGACCAGCACGGUCGUCAUCACCUGCAUGUACUUCCUGGUCUGCACGGUGGGGCUGUGCGGGAACGCCCUGGUCAUCUACGUCAUCCUGCGCUACGCCAAGAUGAAGACGGUCACCAACAUCUACAUCCUCAACCUGGCGGUGGCCGACGUGCUCUUCAUGCUGGGCCUCCCGUUCAUCGCCAUCCAGCUGGCGCUGGUCAACUGGCCGUUCGGACCCGUGCUCUGCCGGGUGGUGAUGACGGUCGACUCGCUCAAUCAGUUCACGUCCAUCUUUUGCCUGAUGGUCAUGAGCAUCGACCGGUACCUGGCCGUGGUGCAUCCCAUCAAGUCCACCAAGUGGAGAAAGCCCCGCAUGGCCAAGACGAUCAACCUGGCGGUGUGGGGCAUUUCGCUGAUGGUCAAUCUCCCCAUUGUCAUCUACAGCGGUGUGAUUACAAAACCCGACGGCUGCUUCUGCACCAUCGUGUGGCCCGAGCCUCAGGAGGCCUACUACACGGCCUUCAUGUUCUACACCUUCAUCCUGGGCUUUUUCCUGCCCCUCAUGGUCAUCUGCCUCUGCUACCUGUUCAUCAUCAUCAAGGUGAAGUCGUCGGGCAUUCGAGUGGGGUCAUCCAAGAGGAAGCGCUCAGAGAGGAAGGUGACGCGCAUGGUGUCCAUCGUGGUGGCCGUGUUCGUCUUCUGCUGGCUGCCGUUCUACGUCUUCAACGUCACCUCGGUGACCGGCACCAUCAGCACCACGCCCUUCCUGAGGAGCACCUUCGCGUUCGUGGUGGUUCUGGGAUACGCCAACAGCUGCGCCAACCCCAUCCUGUACGCCUUCCUGUCGGAGAACUUCAAGAAGAGUUUCCAGAACGUUCUGUGCCUCAAGAAGGUGGGGGGGCUGGACGAGGUGGACCGCAGCGACAGCCGCCAGGACAAAUCCCGCAUGAUGAACGACCCCACAGAGACCCAGAACACACUGCUCAACGGGGACCUACAGACCAGCAUCUGA